AUGGCUGAAGUAAUUUCAGAGCUCAACCCAAACGAAGGGCCGGAUGAGUUGAACUCACUGCCAUCCAAAUCAGCGACCCUCCAAUUCUUCGACGCCUCAGAUCCAAAGUGGGCAACUGAGAAGCCGUUUUAUUCCAACAUACCUUUCACACAGACCAAGAUUGCCAACACAAAUGUCAUCAACACAAGUGCACGCGUUCAGAUCUCUGACAUUAGAGGCCAUGAAUCCGACUUCACACUCGACAAAAACGGUUUCCAGUUGGUUGAGUGGAAGCACCAAUUCUCAAAUGUCGGUCCCUCGUUUCAAGAAGAAGGAUAUCCUGCUGUGGUCAAGUUCAUGAAGGAUGUUCUGGGGAGUCAUGUCAAGGUUUGCGUGUUUGAUCAUAUUGUCCGUCAGAGUCAACCGCGAGGCUCUGCACCUGAGGAUGAGAAAGGUUACAUCGGCAGACCCAGCAAGGUCGCUCACAAUGACCAAACCUAUGAAGGAACAAUCGCCAAGAUCAAGCACGACUUCGGCACCCAAGCCCCAUCAAUUCUCUCACAACGCUUCAGGAUAAUCAAUGUCUGGAAACCCCUCAAGCCCGUCCGUCAAUAUCCCCUCACACUCUGUGAUUACCGCACAUGUGAUGAGAAGGAUGGCCAUCGAAGUGAUUUGGUCUACCCCCACGUUGUGAGUGAGAACAUCCUUUUCUCUUACUCACCAGAUCAGAAAUGGUACUACGUUAGUGACCAAUCUGAUGAGGAGGUUUGGCUAAUCAAGACGAUGGAUUCUUUGGCGAGGAGUGAGGAUGUUGCCAUGUAUACGCCGCAUACUUCAUUCUUCGAUGAGGACCCUGCUGUUGCGGAGGAGAUACGGGAGAGCAUCGAGCUUAGAGUGUAUGUGAUUGGAUAG